CCUGCUGUUACCUGUAUCAACUGUGAAGCAAGACAUGGAGAGAAAAUGCGUAUCUAUCGUUUUAUUCGUCCUGAUACUGAUUCAAACAACGAAACAGGAAUCGUUAUGUAACAGUAAGUGAUCAACAGUAUGGCCAAGGAAUUUGAUUAAAAGUUGGUGUGGUUUCGAAUUGAGUUUGCCGACUCAGAUUCCGACUCAGAUAUCGACUCAGAUUCUCAUUGAUUACUUUGGCGCAAAGUGUGUCCAAACAAUAUAGCGACAGGGCUUCUUUCAAUUUCUGGAUUGCAUUCAUCUAUAGGUAGCUAAUGGCUAAAAGGAGGGAGGUUUUCAAGAUAGUUUAGAAAAUUUAAACUCGGAGUUUGCUUCAAUUUAGGUCUAAUGUUAGGGUUAUAGGAGUGAGGUAUAAUGGUUAGGAUCAAGGCAAUGUUGGGAAGUUGAUUCUUUUGCGUUUUAAUUAUGUUGAAAACGCCGCCAUCUUAAAAACAUCCCUCUCUUCUAUUUCCUUUAACAGCAACCUUCAUCCAUAGGCUAUAUUUUGUCCAAAAUAUUCAAUUAUGAAGUAGAAUCUUUUUUAUUGACAUAUUGACACACUGCAUUUUGUUCGAAUAUUAUUGUGCAAUAUGAUAUGUCUCGUGGUGCGUAUACAUGUAGCCCUCCUUGUAUUCGCACUUUGGUGCGAAACAUUUGAGCUAGCAAUAUAGUUUUCUUGAUACAAUUUGACCCUGGCUGCAGCGGCUGAUAUUCGUGUAUAUAAUUUAUUAUGUAUAAUGAUGAUAAUAUAGAGAAUAAUGUUGAUAAAAUGCAUGCAUAUCACAUACAUGAUCUAAUAUAUACAGCCGCGAUAAUUCUGUAGAAUUAUAUACUACUUGCUUCAUUUUGUUUUAUAUAGAAAUGUAUUUUGACAUAACACGGCACUGACUUCGUAGAUGAAGGGGGUUCAAAAUUAUAUAUCUAUACGUAUUAGGUGGCAAAUGGCUGCUUUAAUGAAAUGUUUAUAUUGUGUGUAAACAUUCACAUCUCGCCAUGAGGUACAAUUAUUAGGCAUAUCAUAUGUUAAACGUCGCUGACUCAAUAUCAGUUUAGUCUCAUAAUUAUUUAGCGCACAAUAGGGUUAGGAUAUAGGAUUGUGAUUGGAGCACGAAUAUAUAUUGCACGAAUAUAUUGCUUUUUCGCUUAUAAUUUUGGCGGCAAACUCCAUGCGGGCCAUGCGGCAUACCUGCAGUGUUGAUUGUAACGAUGUUGUUAAUUGUGAAUUGUAUAACUACGAUAUUGCUCGGGAAGAACAAUGAUUCAGCGAACAAUAUGAAUUUCCAAAACAUAUUGCGAUUUGCAUGGAUCCCCGACGGGCAUUGCCUAUAUAUUAUAUUUUCUGUUUGAAACAACGCUAGCGCAGCAGAAAUUUAAAAAUCUAACCGGUCUCAAAAUUUUGCGUACUUUGGCCGAAUUUUGACCGGCUUUUUUCAUUUCUGGUAUUUAUGAAGUGCUAUAACAUUGAAUAUUUAUAGAUUGACUGAUGAAGCGUCUAUCCUAAAAGUCUAUUCUUUGAAUCCGACUCCGGUUGUCAGUAUGUUGUAUGCAUGUAUACACUCAGCAGGCAUCAGAUGAAACAUCUCACGUGGUCGAUGGUCGUAAUUAAAAUUGAUUGAGAAGUAGAACUGUGAUGUUGCAUGGUGCCGUCUUGCUGCCCAGAUACUGUCAAUAAAUAGCUAAAGUAAUUUGCUUAGAACGUGGAUUUGAUUAUUAAUUUCACAGAAUGCAAGGCCAGCUAGUGUACCGAGGCUACCGAACCAUUACAGAAAAUGUAGGGUGGACAAUUUAAGUUUAGUUAUUACUCGACUCGGGUUGAACCAUUGACUCGACCCGACGCGAUCAGUAAGUGAUACGACUCGACUCGUGAAUCGACCGACCUUUGAGUGACUCGACCCGUGACUCGACCUGUAGGUGAAAAUAUUGUUUUAACUAAAGUAAAACAAAUGGUUUUGGAACAAUAUUGCUGACAGAAAAGUUGACAUAUUUUAUACAUAUGUUUUACAGUAAAGUGCGCCUGCCUGGCAGGGGGUCAAUGGAAAAUAUCGCCUGCCCAUAAACUAUAAGUAGUUUGAGUUCUAAACAAACGUAUAAGAAUUCACACUCGACUCGAAAUUUCCAUCUACAAAACCCUUCAACAUUGAAUCAAGUGAGGUGCCCAGAAUCAUCUUGAUAUUACUAUAGAUAUACAUUGCCAUGGGAUUACCGUAGUUUACUUACAUCAACUUGUGACUUGAGUUCAUCAACUGGCUUCAGUAUAGGUCAGCCAAUAGACCUUUCCCCUUUAGAGUGAAAUUUUAAUCUAGACAAGUCAGAAGGGACAAAAAUUUCAUCACAGCUUGAAAGAGCAUCACAAAAUUAGUAAUAUUCCGAAGUUUCGUUGCGAAAUGUUGUAAAAUGCGGAUAAUAUAUAGCCUUGCGAAGUUUGCCGUUUUCAGUCAUUUUGCAUUACAAACGGGAAAUUGCAACGAAAUUUCGGAAUAUUACUAAUUUUGUGAUGCCCUUUCAAGCUGGGAUUAAAUUUUUGUCCAAGCAUAUCUAGAUCAAAAUUUCACUCAUAAGGGGAAAGGUCUAUUUCCAUUUACAAAACCUAGCUUUCAACAUCAGGCUACGUUCACACUGUACCGCGGAUAGCUUUCGACAGUGCGACGUGAAAAAAGACCCAUCCAUAUACCUUUUAGGAACGCUAUUUUCAAAGGAAUCAUUGCAACGGAGAGAUACUGUUUCGCUCAGUUUUUGAAAGUCGUGCAUUCCGUAUCGGAUAUAUAGGUUCUUUUUCGUGGCACUACGGAAAAUAUUCGGGUAAGAUGCCAAGAAUAAUCGUACUGUGAUAAGUUUGGGUUCCGCCAUCCAAAUGUGUCGGAGUGCUCCGGAUUUUGGGAACACAAAUGGAAUGGAACAGAACACGAUGACUGUUCGGAACUCUUCUGGCUGCCCCAACUUCAAAGUAGAGCCAGCUAGAACAGAACACGUGAGACUGUCCAUUUUCACGUGAUUGGAAAUGGAUGCGACAGAUUUUGUGUAUCCAAUGCACACUGCAUUAGAGUGUUAUUUUGAAGGAUUAAUCGCUAUAUACCGACAUAUACUUAUUAUACGCUAUCUGAACGGCGGGGUUGGGAAAAACCAACGAGUAAAAACGUUGCAAAAGCAUACUUAGAUAUACAAAUAACAGCAAAUCAUUAUACGAUUUAUUAUGCGAAUAACUAAUGACGAAUUUGACAACGCUGUCCAUCGAAAAUUGUAAGUUCUAUACUAAAUACAGUCUGCGGUUUAAUUAGUGGUGAUUGGUUUAAUAUCGUGUAUUGUAUCCAACAAUAGUCCAACUACAUUCGUCUCCUAUUUAUACUACUCAGAUUUUAUUUAUAAUACAAACUUUUUAAUUCAAACGUCUUGUAUAAAUAUAUAGGCUUUGCUAAAACAUGCACGAUAAAUAUAAUUCCAAAUCCUGUUGGCAAAAUUGCUUUCACAUCUCUACCAAGUAUGAUAGAUGUUCGAUUGACAAACCUUUGAAUUUGAUAAACAGUAUCAAAUUCACAGUAUCUUUAAAUUCCUUACCAGUAUGACUCAUGUUCGGUAUUUUCUAAAAUAAACACUACUUAGCGCACUAUUAUUAUAAUCUCCCGUCAAUCAAAAAUUGAAAAAAGAAUCAAAUUCAAUAUUCUAACCAAUCGAAGUGCGCGGCAGCCAGCUACCCCGAGAACUCAUAAUCACCUUUCCUUCUCCAAAUCAGGGCCUUCGAUAUUUUUCGUUGCCUGCCCUUCUUUCGUGCUCGGCAGUACCUCCUGCUCUGCAGGCAUCCAUACGAAAUACUACUUUGCAAUGAAUUAUUCGUCGUUUUUAGCUUAUGGUAGUUCAAUUCUACCAACAUUUUAGUCAAUAUUAACAUUUUUGGAAUUAUUAACAUUACUUACUAACAUUUUAGUCAAAUACACCCUAGUUUUCUAUUUUUGUACUUAUUGUAUUGUAAUAUUCUAGUUAACUUAUAACUUAUAGUCAGGGUCCCAGGGAGAGCGGCAUUACGCUGAUGGAGUUACCCUGAAUAAAUAAAGCUUCAUAAUCAUCAUGCUAAUGAAUUUACUAAAUUUGUAAGUUCAUUAAUUUACAUCGAUUAGUUUUGAGCUUCGUGCAAAUUGCGUUCAAAUUCGAAAUAUAUUUGAGAAAUAGGUUUAGGUGCUUCUCAACUUUUUCUACUUUCGUACAAAGUCAGCAGUCAAAUAGUGAAUUGUGAACUCAUUUCGCGUGGUGAGUUCAUGAAGAAAAUUACUACCGCCAAAAUUUCGAUUACUGAUCUGUCGUUUUAAUUCACAGAGAAAACCAGACCUCCACCUAGCGGAUGCUGUCCAACGACAUAUAUCGGUCAAUGCUGCACCAGAGCAGGUGAUAAUGAAACUGUCCCACAUUGUGAAAAACAACCAACAUCUUCCACAAGAAAUGGGUCAGGUGGUCCAAAAUUUAAAUUUAGAGGAUUAAACUUCAACCCGAGGACUGACUGCGUUCACAGCUGGCGUACUCAGGCAUGUGCGGGCGGAUUUUACCUGAACAUUACGAGUGGGAGACCACAAGCCUGCCCACCAGGUAUGCAAUUAUUAUUCCGGAUAUCCAGAAUAAUAUAGGUCAGGUUAGUGUAAUACUUACCGAGACUUUGAUAAUUCGGGAUAUCACAAAAACCGAAUUCAAUGACUGUUUUAUUAUAUAUAUACAUUGCAUUUGUACAUAGCCUAUCGAAGGGAAGAUGGCUGUGAAACUCAUUUGAAUAACAAUAUAACUCAUUAUCUAUGUUGGUCAACGUUUAUUCAUAAAUCUGGUCCUUCACCGUCACGUGUGUAUUGUAUUCUUGCCCAACUACCAACAGCAAUGUUUUAGAAAAGUCACCUAUCCGUGACUCGAACAAUAGGGAAACUGCAAAUUGCUGUUGGUAGAUUUGGUAAAAGUACAAUACACACGUGACGGUGAAACGACCAGAUUUAUGAAUAAACGUUGACUAACAUAGAUAAUGAGUUAUAUUGUUAUUCUAAUGAGUUUCACAACCAUCUUCCCUUCGAUAGGCUAUGAUUUGUACAACUCCGAGAAACAAUGAUUUGUCUGACAAAACAACAUUUGUUUCUCAAUGAGAGCAUAGAAAUCUCAGAAAUCUCUUCUAUUCUUCAGAUAAAAAUAUACAAAUGUCUCCUUUUUGCACAAAAACAUUUAUGAAAACGCUGUUCAUUCAUGUUGUCUUUUCUUGUUUUUAUCUGUGUAUUUAAAAUUGCCAGUAAUCGCAAUAUCACUCCGGCGCGCGUGCUCAACCUGCAGCAUAACUCAGUUAUCUGCUAGCAGGUUACUGCAUGUGUUGUGUGUAGGUUGCGUGAUUUCCAUGCAUAUUUAGUUGUAAAUUAUUGGCCAAUCAGUAGACACGUUGACUACAAUGUAUAGUAAUAGGUUUAACUGACUGUUUAUAGUGGUUGUUAGACUAGAAAUAAAUAACUUCCUAUAUAUGCACCGUGUCGUUAAAUUUCAUUUUUUGAACUUAGGUUUCUUUUGCCCACCUCAACUGCUGUGCAUAAUUCCUUGUCCAUCUGGUGCUUUUUGUAUCCCCAAGAGAAAGAGAAUCGAAACCGUAAGUAUAUAUGUAUGUAUGUAUUGUAUACUGUAAGCAGCUACGCGUCCUACGCAAAAGAGAUAAUCAACGCAUUAUUUUUAGCACAGGUGAUAUUUGGGUUGUUCUAAGAAGUAAUGUAUAAUAUAUAUACUCUAUCUCUACCCAACAUUACACUAUUUGUUAUAUAUUAACACUGAAUUAAUAGGAGCUGGAACUGAAAGAAUUACCUUAAAAUUUUCUUGUUUUUUAAUCGACAGGACGAAGUGAAGUGCAACGGUUUCGGUGUCUGCUGUGGUAACAACGAUCCUCCUCUUGUGUUGAACACAUCAGCAGCAAGAAAAUGUGAUGGACUUGAUGACAAAAACUGUAUAUGUGGAGGAACAGAUAUUCCUAAACCUUGUCCCGGAGGAUAUUACUGCCCAACACCUGAUAUUAGGAAACCAUGUGGUUCUGGAGAUUAUUGUCGUCCUGGAAGUACAGAACCUGAUCCUUGUCCAGUAAGAAUAACUAAAUGUGUCAUUUUCUUUAUAUAGCAGGUACUCCAAACAUACAUGUAAUCAUAGAAGGUCAAGUGCACUCCCUCUCUAUUGUCUAUGUGCAACAAAUCUGCCUCGUCCCCCCAGGUGUUAUAGGCCUAUAACGUGUUUAUACGAAAUAUUCCGGAGGUGUUUACAGGCGAGAAGAGGGCAAUGGGAUGAAUGGAAAGAAAUUUAGAGGGCCUGCGUGAUCUUGUAAAUGUUCUCGCACAAUGCACGGUUUCUUGCAAAUCGCAGGAAUUAGUCAAACAACACUAUAUAGUAUAUAGGUUGUUAAUUUCAAUCCCUUCGUUAAUUUCCAGGUAAUAUAUACUUGUUCGCCAAAAACACUAAAAGAGGCUAUAUAUGAAUUUACAAGGCGGGCAAAUGCCGCAAUCUAUGAAUAUAUGUCAUUAGUAUUUUUGCACAAGUGAACAUAACAAAUCCUACAAGGUGAUUGGUCAAAUUUUACGUAUUAAUCUGUUAUAUUCACCUACACUGUCUAGGUGAUAUAACAAAAUCGAAAAUUCGAAAUUUUCAAAAUGGCGGCUAGCCGUUUUGUUGAAGUUAGUGAUAAAGAAAUAAGCGAAAUUAAAAUGAAUUCAGACCAGAAAAGCACAAAAAGACUUGUGCAAAAAUACUAAAACAAUUAUUCGCCUCAGGCUCGGUGAUUAUCGGGGAAUAUUCACCUCGACUUCGUCUCGGCGAAUAUUCCCCGAUAAUCACCGAGCCUGAGGCGAAUAAUUGUUAAAUUAUCAAAACAAAUGAUAACAAGUUGAUUAUGUCUUUCACUUGCCUUGAAGAAACUUAUGCAGGGCCGUAGCAACCGGGGGGGCUGGGGGGCUGCAGCCCCCCCCCCAAUAAUUUGCUAAUAAUCAUUCUUUUUUCAAAAUCAUGCAAACUUUAUCAUUUAAUCUGUGACAAACUGCAAAGAAUGAAGAUAUUACUCAUACUCCAGAUCGUUCCUCGCGUAGAAAUUUUAGCUGAAUUUCUGUCGCGCAUUUUCAAGAAAAUCCCACAAAAUCUGCACAUUUUUGAUGAACUAAUGAUUUAUUUUGUCUUUUGCGUGUUGGGUCUUGCGAAAGAAAACUCUAAAAAUGCCAUUUCAGACCAUCUAGAGACUCCAGAUUUUCGAAAUUUUCUCAAAUGUUCUGCCUUCAUUUCCGCGCAACUGCCAUUUACGACGAAAAUUCCCGCCGCGCAUUUAUAAUACUACAGUCUGGCCCAUACUUUCCUGUAAAUUUCGACAUACUAAAACGCUGUUUUCUGACUAUCAGAAUUCUGUUAAAUCUUCCCCCAAAUUCCAGGAAAUGGCAUUUUAGAGACUCUAAAUUUAAAAAUUUCCUCGGGCCUUCGGCCCUCGCUUUCAGCCCCCCCAAUCGAAAAGAGCUUCCUACGGCCCUGUUAUGUAAAAUAUCCUUGCCGAUUUGGUCUUUUACUGAUUACAGAUGAUUUGCUCGCUUCGAUAAUCUUUUGUUGUUUGUUAUGACAGCUACAGAAUGUAAACGCCAUGUCUACUUUAUGUAAACAUUUUGUUUAGCGCCUUACGUAGGAAGAAACCAUACAAACAAACUCGAAAGGUCGAUUCGGAUCCCAAUGUUCAUUGCGCUUGCUCAAAGUUCUUCUGCAACUAAAUUUCAUGAGACCUCAAUUGUUUUGCUAUUAUGGAAGAAAAAAUCAAAAUGGCCGUUAUGGCUUCAUUGCUUUGUUUCUCUAUUUCAAAAUAUUGACCAAUAUUUUGCUAGAGGGCACUCGGAAACUGCGCACCUCUUCCAGCGAAUUAAGUAAUGUAUCAUGCAUAAAUCAUACAAUGGGCUUAUUGCCUGGCAAAGCAACACAGAGGCUUGCUAAUUUUCUCAUCCAAUUUUCAACUAUAAAUUUGACAAAAAUUUAUAAUCAAUUCUCCCUUGGGUAAUAUCCAUUAGAGACACAAAUUUUCGAACCAUGGUUCGAAAAUUUGUGUCCCUAAUGGAUAGUACCCAAGGGAGAUCAAUACGUUUGAUUUUUAAGUAUCACGUUUCAUGUUUCAACAUGACAGUAUCUAUGUUUCAACAUGACAGUAAACAAAAACAUACACCCUUUACCGCUAAUCUAGGACGGUUUAAUUUUACAAUUAUAUUCAUUUUAAUUUAGAAUAGCUUGAUUUUUAUGAGCCCAACAUGACUUGGCAUAGACCUACACAAAACAUAACGAAACCAUAGAUAUCUUACAUACACUAGAUAGUGCAUCUAAUUAUUCUGCAAUUCAAAAAUUGAAGCCGGAUUGCAGUCUCAGGUCGUUCCCAUGAAGUGAGAAGAUUCGUAUGUUUUCCAUUUCUUAAACAAGGAACUUAAACAUUAAGUUAACCCUAUUCCGAAUACGUUUUUAAACUAUUCAAAUGAUGAACGUUAUUGUUGUUUUUAAGCGUUCAUUAGCAAGUGGGAACGACCAACAUGGCCGCCAUCUAUUCAAAUGGGGGUAACCGCUGGAAUAUUCUUGGCUUCAAUUUUACUAAAAGAGAUGCGCUAUCUAGUGUAUAUAUAAGAUACCUAUGAUCGAAACGCAGCAAAUGCGCCCAGCCUCCACGUUUCAAGGUUGGACAAAAAGGUGACAACAACAAAAAGGCGGGGUCACCAUAACAGCUUAAAACCAAUUACUGUGGGCCCUUACAAAAAGGUGACAAAAAAAGGCGACAUAUAAAGGCGUUUGAAAACCUCCUUGUGGAGGUAACAAUAUUUUAUUUAAAUUAAUGAACAAAAUGUAUUAUGAGUUGCUGAAUAAUAGGAAGGCCAGACUUUUGACGAAAUUAAUUAAUAAUUAUUCAUAAUUACAAGAAUACAUAAUUCUUGUAUCUUCAACUAUUAUAUUGCAUAUGUCUUCUUUUUAAAGUAAUAUAUUUUCUCCAAUUUUUACGCGACUUACGUUUAUUAUUUGCCCGACUUCAUUAUGACUGGGGGCAGCUGCCCACCACCCCCUGCCCCCGCCCCGUACGCCUAUGCUCGUUUAAUAAUUUGAUGAAAAUACAAGGUUUUUCGCAUAUAUACGCCACUCUACUGUAUAUUUGACAUUGCAAAAUGAUUAUCAGCACAACGAAAUAAUAUAAGAUCAUUUUUUUAAAUUUUUGUAGUGGCUGACGAGAUGCCACAAGAAAAGUUCUGCUCCAAUCACCAACUUUAUUGCUCCCUUAUUGGAUUUUCUCGUGUUAUUAAUUUUCAUUGGUUUGCUUGUUCUUUACCACAAUUGGCGCACCGUCAAAUUUUACUGCUGUUUAUACUUCCACCGAUACAUCAAUACUGGCAGGGAACGCUCUUCGACCAAGACCUUUUCUUUGGACACAGGAAUAGCUAAUAGUACUGUUAAACUUGGAAACUUAAUAGAAACAGAUAAAGAUAUUGAACCAAAGUCAUAUACAAUUGAUAUUAGCUUUGAAGACCUUGGGCUGGCAUUAAAAUCGGUAAGUGUUGCUGACAUGUAGGGUAAUGCGUGGCAAAAUGAGACACCUAAGGACAUUUAUUGUUGGAGAAUGGAAGGCAUAGCAAUUUGAAUUUUCUUUUUGACUUGGGUAUGUGAGGUUGACUCACAGCAAGAUAUGUAAAGCAAAAAAAUGUUUGAAAUAAUUUAUUUGCGAUAAAUCGGGGGAAACCUAGCAGUGGAAAUUGUCUCAUUUUGUCCCGGCACAGUGGGGCAAAAUGAGACAGGGCUAAAAAAUUAAAAAUAAAGUCAAUACAAUUAUAGUUAUUUUAAUUGAACUUUAGAACUAAUUAUAAAAUACAUGUUUCAAAUAAUUUUGAAGUUCAAUGUCACACACACACAGGUCACAUUGGCUGCGGUAACAGUACAGCAUUCUUCGUGACACCAUUGUUUGCAUUGUGAACAAGUCAUCUAAUCCUCGGCAGGCAUUGACUUUGACCAACGUUCACCGCAAAGUGAUAAAUUUUUUAGCCUACCAUUGACUAGGCGAUUUAAUACAUCCUUUGGUACCCCGUAGGCAUUUGCAGCUUUCGUAUUGACAGUUCUUUCUUCUCAACUGCAGAGAAGGCAAGACAGAUUUAAUCCUCAUUCCAGUUGCACGUUGAGUUUUGCGUACAUAGUUUCUGACCAUCCUAAAUAAAAUAAAAGUUAGUUUGAUUUGUGACAUGGACUAAGCUGUUUAUAGCAUAAAAUAUAUGACAUAUGAACUUAUGAUAAUUAAAUUAUAGAAUGAAAGUACAUAUUGAUUCAAUCAGAAAAACCCUUUUAACUUUCCCAAGCAGGAGAAAGUGGUAUAGUGAAUGGACAAUUCCAUAUACUUAUCAUUCUCAACAUGCCCAUGCCUUAAUAUUUGAACAGUUCUACUGUAUUUCUAGCUAUUUUAAUUGGCCCAGGCUCAGCUAAUUAUGAAAAGAUCCCUAGACUUCAUCAGGUCUAGUCUGUCGAAAUAUGUUGGUCUGGAAACAAAAUAGAAGCCGUUGUGUAGUACGUUUCUGUUAUUAGAAUGCUGUUUUUAGGGUUAGUAAUCUAAGUGAGUAUAUAUAUGCACUUUAAGACCUGACCAGGAACGACUGCGAAAAAUGCAAUACAAUUAAGGUCCUCUGGUUCAGCGGUGCAGCGCUCUAACCAAUUGAGCUACAGAGGCCAGCUGUUGAUGUACUCACUGGAUUACUAACCCUAAAAAUAGCAUUCUAAUAUUAAUCCCACCAAGUGAAGUACAAGAAACAAGAUUAUUGAAGUCCACCUUAUCACAACCCGCACACCCGAUCACCUAUAUAUACAUGAACUUACGGUUACAGCUCAACAGCUGGCCUCUGUAGCUCAGUUGGUUAGAGCGCUGCAUCGGAAUCGCAGGGCCGUAGGUUCAAUUCCUACCAGAGGACCUUGUGCUGCAUUCUUCGCAGUCGUUCCUGGUCAGGUCUUCAAGUGUAUAUAUACUCACUUGGAUUACUAACCCUAAAAACAGCAUUCUAAUAUUAAUACCACCAAGUGAAGUGAAGAAACGAGAUUAUUGAAGUCCACCGUUUCUGUUAUGUCUGUGUUAAUAUGCAUGCAUGUGCACGAUCACACUGAUUGCAUGAGUUCACUGUAUUUUCGUGUAAUAACGUAAUCGCCCAAUAGGGAUAGCUGAGGUAAAACGUACAACGAUGAAUAAUAUUUAAUGAAGCUAGGUGAGGCACAGUUUAAAAUUAAAGAAAGAUCUCCGGGCUUUCGAACCAUUAUAUCUUCACAGACUAUGAAUCAGGCGAUUGCUUAUCAAUGUUAAACAUUUCGUCAUUUUAAUUGUUCCAGGGAGAAAAUAAAGGCAAGAUUGUGUUACAAGGAGUAACAGGUCAUGUGCGAGCUGGUGAAGUUACGGCUGUCAUGGGACCUUCUGGGGCUGGAAAGACUACAUUCCUUAACACACUGAGUGGCAAAGCGUACUAUGGGGUAAGUUUUAAGUACUAUUUAAAACACCGAACAGGCCGGAGUGCUUUAUCAGAUAUAAAUGCUUAAAAAAUGGCUUAAAAAACGACCCAUCUGAUAAGUUCAUUGUCGAAGUAAUUUGACGAAUAAACGUUGUCUAAGCCGAAAAAAUCAAAGCUAUAAAGUUUACGUAAAUGCAUGAAUAUGAUUUUUUAUCACAUGCAUAUAAGACCACCGUGAUUAUUUUCUCUUUUCCUCCUGAAUUCUUAUGAGUUUUUAAGUACCAUUUACAUGUAUUAUACGGCAAAGCUGUCUAUCUGCAAAAUGGUUGCUAUUUUUUAACCCUUUGUCUACAACCGUACGAAUUAUGUGCAGUAUAAAAGUCAUCUUUGGUUUUCCGAUCACAAAUAGGACGGUGUUAGAAAUUUUUAUUAAAAAAUUCCCAGAAUGUUCAUAAUCCUGAGCGGUCUCUAAAGUCCCGACAUGAAUUACCACACAUAUAUAAUUGAAGAAGAAAAUGAUUGAAAAAUUGAAAAAUUGAAUAUAAUGGAUAAAGUUAAAUCAUUAUUAUUAUAUAGAGGAUAUUACACGGUGGCGCGAAGAUAUGACUUUUAUCUUCGAGUGGUGAAAACUAAACACGAGAAGAUAAAAGUCAUAUCUUCAAACCACCGUGCAAUGUUCUGUAAGGGUGGGUAAUUGACUAUACAAAACUUUUGUAGUUCGCUAUAACUACAGCUACUUCAAAAAUAUGUAGUCAGCUACAACUACUCUACUUUUGAACAAAGGUAGUUCACUACUGAUUACAGCUACAGCUUAAAAAAUGUAGCGAACCAUUUCGCUAUUUCGCUACUCUAUAUUUUUUAGUUUUACGGUAUUUGGAGCAUCCACUAGCUCAGGCUGUAAUAUCACCUAUAACAAAUCGACUUACGAGUAGCAACAGUAAACAAAAGGGCCAAAGCAACAUUUUUGUAAGCACUACAGUGUUCAUGCAGGAGUGUCACUUUUCAUUGCGCUAAAAUAAUCUUUACUCUAUAAAAUAAUCUUUUAAGCAAACCGUGUCUUAAUAUCAUUUUAUUCUAUGAACGGUUGCUAACAAUUUUAAAAAGUAGCGAAUAGCGAUUCGCUGUUUCAAAAGUAGUCAACUAUUUGACUACUUUUUGGCAAAAUGUAGUUCGCUAUAACUACAACUACUGUUUUAAAAAAGUAGUCAAAAACUACUGGCUACUUGAAAAUUGUAGUUCGCUACAGUAGCGAACUACAACUACUUGGCUGCUACACACCCUUGAUGUUCUGUUUAUUAUAUAGUUUCAAGCAAAAAAUUGCAUAAUUACUAAAAGUCACGUGAUCGAUAUAUUCACUAGUGAAGAUAUGGAAAAUAUGUCACUGAGUAUUUCUCAGUAUCUCACUUUCUACUAUAUAAUAAAAAAACUAUAUGUCAACUGUUUAAACGCACAACCAGUGAGCUCCAUAUAUAACUGGAGCGGGAACUCGAGUGGAAAACGUGAAGGUGGAAGUAUUGGACUUCAUUUUCAGUCGCUUUCGAUUGUUUUUGCCUGCAUGUGCAUACUGCAAGGAGGUGCCGCAAUUUUGUAUUCUGACUUCGAUUUAAAGAGAAUACUAAGGUUUUCUAAACUGAUGACUGUAUUAGCAAUACGCGCGGUCCGUUUGAAAAAACUGGUAUUAGCUGGAGAAAAUGGGAUUAAAACUCUUUACCACAUUCAUAGCUAUUGAUAGAUAUAUUUUAUAUAUAUAUAUAUAUAUAUAUAUAUAUAUAUAUAUAUAUAUAUAUAUAUAUACAAAAUUAUACAAUGUUCUCCGGAUUGUAACAAUUUGUUUUGAGCUUUCGACUCGAUACUUAGAGCCUUCAUCAGAAAGAUUGAUUAUUUGAAUUUUCACGCUGUUGUUGACGCUGUUGAAGUCUGUGGGAACGUCAUAGCGCACUGUGCACAAAACUCAUGCACUCAUAUUAUGGUAACAUUUAUUAAUCCAAACUCAUUUUGUUCUAUAUCAGGAUGCCAAUGGGAAAAUAUUGUUUAACAAUAACGAAGUAAAAGGAAUAAAACAAUUCAGAUCUAUCACUGGAUUUGUUCCUCAGGUGUGUAUAAAUCUCGAUAUUUUUUCUCAUUAAUUAACUCUGAUAAAUGUAUUGCAAUCAAUUAUUACACUCAAGAGGUGAAAUGGGAGUUCUCCCUCUCCAAUGACCCAUUGACGACCAGCAGUAAAAAUGGCUUGGGUUAUGGCUUUUUUUCACAUCUCGUUCCAGAAUGCGAGAAAUACUGUUCAAUAGACACACUAGAGUUUUCAGUUCGCAAAGUUUGUCCGUACUACUCCCCAAAUGCAAAAUGAAAUCGUCAAUUUACACCAUAGGAAGCACGCCUAAGUCUCAGAGAUAGUGUCUUCUAAAGUUUCAAGGCUUCAGUAAUAUAGAUCCGUCAGACUUACAAUAUCCGUUCGUCUUCAAAACAAUGAUCAGUGUAUUAAUAAAACUUGAACUAAGGAUCACUUUAAUUAGAGGUUUAGAAUAUUGGAGGAGAUACUCUAUAAGCACUUAGCCCAUUUUAUGCGUGUUGAAGGCUUUUAGUAAAUGGGGAAUUCCGAGCGAAAAUUAUAGACAUUAUUAUUUGUUAGACCUGACCGGGAGCAGCUAUGAAAAUGCAACCAUAGCCUUUCUGGUAGAAAUAUAAUCUGUAGCCUGCAUGCCUGAAACCCGGUACAUGCAGCAUUCAGAUCUAUCAAGCAUGAUGCCCAGAUCUUGAAUAUGUGCCUUUCUAUAUAUUUACAAUAAUUUUAUAACUUGAUGUUAUCUAAAUUCUUGGAAACCAUAACAUUUUUUUCCUCUAUAAUUCUUUAAUUUCCAGGAAGACACAAUGCACAGGAAUUUAACCGUUCGUGAAGUUCUGUAUUACCAAGCAAAGUUACGCUUACCUGCUGGAACCGAUACUCGAAUCAUUAAGGACAAGAUAGUCCAGGUAAUAUAUUAAUAAUGCUUUAUGAUAGAUAGGUAUAAUUUUUUGUACAAUAAUUUCCUCAUCAAGGAUUGUACUUUAUUGCAAACUUGAAUAAUAUAUUUCGAUUCUUUCCUGCACGGGGAGUUACAAUAAACUUAUAUGUAAUAAUUUCUCGUUGCAAUACCUUGACAUUGUGUAUAAAAUUGUUAAUAAUAUAGGAACAAAGUCAAUUCAUCUAUACUUGUAAUUCUAUAUACAAAGCAAACGUUGUUUCAAAAAUGGAUGGUCAGUGCAUUGCAAAAUCCUGGAUUUUUAAAUGCAAAAACUUUUAAAUGCAAAAACUUUUAAAUGCAAAAACUCUUCUGCAGAGGCUUCGAAAACGCAAAAUAUUUUAGGUUAGGAUGUCCCAAGACUCUUCUCGGUGAAGCUCUCGAAACAACAAUUUCAAUUUACUUUACAAUAACAGUGUUCAAUUUACCUUAUUUUACAAUAACUUUACGGUAACACUGUCAUACAACUACUUCGUUAUAUUUUCAUUCGUUCAAAGCGAUAUAUUUAAACCUUUUUUUUGUAUUUUAGACACUGAAUAUUUUAGAAAUAGCCCAUGUCGCUGAUUCCCUCAUAGGUGAUGAGGUACGUAUUUACUCAUAGAUUGAAUAUACAAAAAAGUUUGAGACUCACUGUGUUUAUACGGAUUUUCACGUUCCAUGCCGAAAGUUAUUUAGUACCACCCGUUUCAUAAAGUAGGAUCUUAAUCAAAGAAACACUAAUGUAUCAGUCAAUUCCAGCAGUGCCCAUCUCCCCCCUGGCUACCCCCGGGCCUUCGCAGCUUUCCUAAUCCCGGGGAUGGGGCUAUUGCCGAGAUUUUUUAACCUGGGGGUGGGGACAUAGACGUUUUCCAUCAUGGCGUUUGGCGGACUAUAACAAGGCAAAUUUCGAUGGAAAAGAUACUGAAUUCGUGUGCAAAUGGCCUGAUACUCACUCUUUGGGAUGGUCUUUCUGUACCAUUGUCUUUGAUCAUUGAUGAGUAAAAUCCUUUGUCUAUAUGAAAUAGUUUUUCUCUUUCAAUGGACAAAGAUCACUAUAAAAAAAUGGGCACCUUGACUGAUACGUAACGAGGUCAAUGUCGUUUUCAUGAUAUUCAGACGACUUGCGUACUGUACUUCUGUGCGUAUUAUUAUUAUUAUUAUUAUUAUUAGAAAAUUUGCACAAAUAUAAUAGCAAUUAAAAGCUAAAUUGUUAUGUACAUUACAAGAAAUAAGAUUAUGUUAAGAGUAUAAAACGUAUAAUAGGAGCAUAAAAUAGAUCUAUAAAGGUAUAAAGCUAAAAAUACCCAAACAAUGUUUCAUUGUACUUGCUAACAGCAUAGCUGAUGCUACAGUUACCAGAAAAUGUACUGUAACAGUGAAAAUAAAAUUUCAAUAAACGUAGAAGCACAAGCAUUUCCUGGAAACACAUUUCAAGAUUCCCCCCAUAUGAUUCAACCUAUACGUCUGCAUGUGCUACACGGAAAUUUUAUGCUUUGAUCACAAACAAUGAACGGUGAUCUAGCCCAAAAGGCGCAGAGCUGGCUUAAAACAUCGCAGUAAGAAAUGUUGGUUAUGGUACCACUUCUUCUUCUAAGAUUGUUGUGCGCCCCAUCUGGCCCAUCAUCAUCCAAAAUAUUUUAUUGUUUGUGGUUUGACGUACAGGAAACACGAGGUAUCUCUGGUGGACAACGUAAAAGAGUAAACAUUGGAAUGGAGUUAAUUGCAGAUCCAACAUUGUUGUUCCUUGAUGAACCAACAAGGUUUGAAUUAUAUAUAUUUCAAAUCCAAAAAUAAAUACUACAUGCAUUGGAUGUGAAGUCUGAGUAGUAGUCUAGUCCCAAAAUAUUAUCUCAUUUUUUAAAAUACUGUUUUACACGCUAGAUCUCAUGGUUCGCACUAGGACGGAUUGUUUGAGUUUAGUUCCUUGUAGUUUUAAUUGCAUGGCGAAUAAUAAUAUCAGUUUUCCGCUAUGAAACAUCCAUUCUGGCGAUUGAUAGACAUAAGUUCCCGCGCAAAAUGAGAGCGUCGAUUAUUUGAUAAUAUAAGCACAAUGCUAUAGAUAAAGUGGAAAACUACUGAACAGUACGUGGUAUGGCAUGCUCUUUUUACUGUGCAAAAUUAAUUUCUCUUGUCACGCGCACGUGUUAAUCAGAUCAUAUAUCACCGUCUACGGUUGGCAUGACGAGACUCGUAUGGCUGUUUAAUUAACUAUCAAGUGACGUGAGCAAACAGUCACGAUCGCUUUUGGCAUAGAAUGGUGACCACACAGAAGUUCGACUUAUUGGCAGAUCUAAAAGUCCGAACUACGAUUUUAACAUAACCGUUCCAAUGCCGUUGCCAUGUUCCGUAAACUAAAACUGAUAUGAUUUGUCACCAUUUUUUUUUGUAGUACCCACAUGCAGGAUGAUAUGAGCUAAAUAGAGAUUACUUCAUGGUUGGCGAGCGCGUACGGUUUUUAUUCACGAGUGAAUUAUUACAGGCGAACGAGUGAGCGCAGCGAACGAGUGAGCCUGUAAUAAUUAACGAGUGAAUAAAAACCGUACCCGCGAUCCAACCAUGAUGUUAUUUGUUUAUAUUAUAAGUAUUGAGAUUUCACUCAAGAAAAUGCAUAUUUUAAAAUGAUUAAUAAUAGUAGAUUAUUAACAGCAUUUGCGGUUGCAUAAAUUAACUUUUUAUUUUCAGAACACAACAACACAACUUGAUUGUAAGAAUUUCAAUGCGAAGAAAAUAUUAAAUUAACACGUAUUUUAAAAAUACUUCAAAGGCUAUAAAUGUUUAUAAAAAUGUCUAAAACUCAUCGUCACUGUCCUCUAAAGGUUUAAGUCUCUUCCAUUUUGACAACGCUUCAUCUUUGGCGGAAUUUUGGCUUGGUUCUUGUUCCAAUGUGAGCUUGGGCGACUGGUUUACUGUGUUUAUGUUAAUGGAAAAAUUGCCGCCUUUAAUGACAGCUCCGCUGAAUAAAGCCAUAGCUUGUUGUGCUUCGGAGAUGGGCGAGCAAGUUGGUGGUGAAUUUACUGUUUUAUCAGACGAUGUCUUUGCUGCACUACCAGAUGUAUAGCCACUGAGAACUUUGGACAUUUGCAUUUCCUGUUUGCUCGACACUUUGCUGUAGCUUUCUAAGCUUUUUAAAUUCUUGUGCCCUGACAGUUGAGCGAUAUGUGUCGGGGGAAUAUCAUUUUCGCUAAGUGUUUGAAUCAUUGUUUUUCUCCCGCUGUGAUUUCGCAGUCGUUCGUUGUUGAUUCCUGCUUUUUGAGCCAUUGUCUUCAUCAGACUGUUCAGUUUGUUUAUUCCAACAGCAGCGGCCUUGAACCACUCUUUCGUUUGAAGCGACUCUUUCUUUAAUGUGUUGUUCACAGCUAGGUAGAAAGGGGAAUCAUCCUCGUUCAUUUUUCCUGGUCUCUUCCGCUCGUAAAGUUUGUAGACCACGACAGGAUCUCUUUCCGACCCAUCAGUAGCAAACAUUUUAGGCGCCAUUUUUCUGACAUCACGGCAAUCUGAACCGGUUCUUGUUUUGGUUUGUCUUUCAUUAAAUUCUAAAAAUUCCUCACCGUCUGCUGUUUGCUUCAACUUAACAUCGCCCCCAACACAUGUCUCUGUGUUCUUUGCAACCUCUGAGUCCAAAAUGCAUAGUGUUAUUCAACCAGAGUGUGUUUAAAAGCGACUCAGGACUUCGUGUACCGAUAAGGUCUUUUUCAUACAACGUAUUUAGUUCCGAAGUAGUUAAAGCCACAGAAGCGUUUGGUUUAUUUCCUUUUCCUUGUUUUUUUAAUUGUUUUUGCUUGGACUCGAGAGUUUUUCUUGUCUUUUCGAAUGCCAAGUCAUUGAUAAUACUAGCAGGGUAGUUUUUCCUCUUAAUAUGCCGCUCGAAACUUGCCAGUAAACUCCGAAGAGAAGAUGGCUCGUAUUCUUUUCCGUUUUUGGUUCUGACCGAAAUUAUAAAGUCAGACAUGUAUUCGUUUAGUUCUCCUAUCGGGAUAUCUUCAAUGUUUCUUUCUUCGUUCUUGUUCACCAAAAAUAGUUGUAAUAAUUUAACAUCACGCUGUGUCUUUUGCGCCGUGCUCUUGUUCUCCUGUUCCAAAAUAAAGUCGUCAACAGAACCGGCGUCAACAAAUCGCGAAGCCAUUUUGUUGUUUUAAAUAAUUAAAUUCGCAAUUCCGCGCCAAAUGAAAAAUGACGUAUUUUCCCGUACGAUCAUUUCUCACUAGUGAAAAACCAUCGUUCGCCCAAUCAACAACGGCGAACGAUGAUUUUUCACUAGUGAGAUUUCAUCGUUCUCGUUGCUGAUUGGCUGUUGCUAAUUUGGAACGAUUAUUACGCACUGCGAUUUCGAUGAGUAAAUCUCAAUACUUAUAUAAUAAAUUCGUGUUCGUGAUGAAUUGUUUUGUACGGUUUUAUCGAAACUGUAUAUAAUAAGUAACUUAUCAUAUAUUCUGUUUCAGUGGUCUGGACAGUACAUCAAGUUUAUCUGUGUUGAAGUCCUUAAGAGCUGUGGCAGAACAAGGGAGAUUGACUGUCCUGUGCGUUAUUCAUCAACCGCGUUUCGAAAUAUUCAGUAAGUGAGAAUGCUUUGUCGGGGGAUGAGAUAGAAUUUGGAACUCGCCUGUUGCCUUUAGAAUUUUUGUUUACCUCUCAUGAAUGAGCAAUUUGGAAUUUUUGGCGUAGAAUUAAAAUGGUUUGAGUCAUAUUUAACAAAUAGAGAACAGCAAUGUAAUGUUAAUGGAGAAUUAUCUAGUAAUAAAAUUAUCACCUGUGGAGUGCCCCAGGGAUCUAUACUGGGACCACUGCUAUUCCUAUUAUAUAUUAAUGAUUUGCCCGAUUGUUUGAAAUCAACUAAUCCAUGCAUGUACGCGGAUGAUACUCAAAUCUUUUCAUCUUCCUACGAUGCAAACGAACUUGUUGUAAAUUUAAAUUCAGAUCUUGCCCAUGUCUGUAACUGGCUUAAAGAAAAUAGGCUGCAGAUGCAUCCAUCAAAAUGUAAAAUGAUGUUUAUUGGCUCCCCGUAUAAUCUUAAUAAUAUAAUGUGUGAGGAACCCGUUGUGGCUAAUGCAAUUAACCCAUAUCACGUAUUGCUACACAAAUGUGCCUAGGAGUAAAACUAGAUGAAACCCUUAAUUGGGAUAGUCACAUUGAAAUGAUAUGCAAGAAGGCGAGCGCUGCUGUUGGCGCUAUGAAACGUAUAAAGCCCAUUGUUCCAAUGCAUACCUUAGAAUCGAUUUAUAAAAGUCUUGUGCAGCCCUACUUUGAUUAUUGUUCCACCCUUUGGGACACUUGUGGUAAGUUGCUAAGAGACAAGUUGCAAGGAUUUCAGUCUCGUGCAGCAAGAGUCCUAACGGGUGCUAAUUAUGAUACUCGCUCAGCUGAUCUUCUCAACAUGCUUUCUUGGGAUACACUUGAAAAUAGGUGGUCUGGUGCCAAGUCAGUAUUAAUGUAUAAAAUACUUAACGACCACACUGCGCCAGGUCUCCGGGGGUCAUUCGUGAGAAGAGAAAUAGAUCAAACUAAUUAUCAUCUUCGAAAUACAGCAACUGAUCUAACAAUUCCUAAACCGAAACGAGAAUUUCUUAAAAGAAGUUUUAAAUAUAGCGGCGCUAUGCUCUGGAAUCAACUCCCAAACGAAGCAAAAUUGGCCGAGUCGCCUCAUUCGUUUAAAUCAAUUGUUGGACAGCGACAUGCUUCCUAAUUAUUUGUAUAUAGUAACGUGUACAGUAUGUGUGUACUAAUAUUUAGUUUAAAUUUUCCUUUUAACGAUUUUUAAGAUCUAAACACGCCCCCCAUGGAAACCAGCCUAGAGUUGAUGGGGCUAGCGUGUUCUUCUUUCUGUUAAUUUUAAAUAAAGUAUUACCUACCUACCUACCUACCUCAAUGAAUUAUUUUCAAAACACGAGGAAUACGGAAUAUUCAGAUUUAACAAUUUAAUAUGGAUUUCAGGAUGCAGUUUUCCAACGUCAAUUUUUGCGUGUUUUGCGGAUAUCAAAUGUUUUAGGGAAUUUAUAACUUGGAAUGUGGAAUUCCUAAAAUUAUAAAAUAUUUGAUUUCCAAAUUGUUUCCAGUGAAAUUUGGAUAAGAUUAAGAUUAAACAUUUCUACAGGGCGCGUGUAUAAAAAAAAAACUGAACCCUUUCAAAUUCAAAUUAGCUAUAACGUAUUGUAGUAAUUUGACAGCUCUAAUUGCUUUUGAAUUAAUGGUUGGGUAAGAACACAAGGUCUUGUACUCAUGGGACAAAACUCUUAAAAACUUUUAAAUUUUCCGUAAUUGUAAUUUUCUUCGAGUUUCGUCCCAUGAGUACAAGACCUUGUGUUCUUACCCAACCAUUAAUUCAAAGCAAUUAGAGCUGUCAAAUUACUACAGGGUGUCCCAAAAAACCCGAAAACUAUUGAAAUCACUUAUUGUUAAAUUUGAACGCCCUACCAAACAGCAGGACGUAAUGAUGCGUAAAAUAUUGACAAGGUGCAUGUAUUAGAAUUUAGUUAGGAAUAUCUCCUGGUAAAGUGCGCGAUUUUCUGCUCCUGGGAAUUAAAAACAGCCGUUCUUAAACAGUUUCUUUAUGCAUAAAUUUACUUAUGUCAACAUUUAUGCACUCGUGGGAACCAACAGAGCGCUACAGCAUUCAAAUUCUAACAAUUAAAUUGUUAUUGGUGAUUUCAAUAGUUUUCGGGUUUUUUGGGACACCCUGUACAAUACGUUAUAGCUAAUUUGAAUUUGAAAGGGUUCAGUUUUUUUUAUACACACUGUACAGGGUGUCCCAAAAAACCCGAAAACUAUUGAAAUCACUUAUUGUUAAAUUUGAAUGCCCUACCAAACUUAUGUCAACAUUUAUGCACUCGUGGGAACCAACAGAGCGCUACAGCAUUCAAAUUCUAACAAUUAAAUUGUUAUUGGUGAUUUCAAUAGUUUUCGGGUUUUUUGGGACACCCUGUACAAUACGUUAUAGCUAAUUUGAAUUUGAAAGGGUUCAGUUUUUUUUAUACACACUGUACAGGGUGUCCCAAAAAACCCGAAAACUAUUGAAAUCACUUAUUGUUAAAUUUGAAUGCCCUACCAAACAGGUGGACGUAAUGAUGCGUAAAAUAUUGACAAGGUGCAUGUAUUAGAAUUUAGUUAGGAAUAUCUCCUGGUAAAGUGCGCGAUUUUCUGCUCCUGGGAAUUAAAAACAGCUUCUUAAACAGUUUCUUUAUGCAUAAAAUUUACUUAUGUCAAUAAUUUAUGCACUCGUGGGACCAACAGAGCGCUAAGGCAUUCAAAUCAGGGUUGCCAGAUUGCUGAAUAAAUAAGCCAAAUAUUAUUAUCAUAACCUUUGUUUUCUUUGUUCGAAACAAAGACAUCAAAGGGCCGUUUAUAACAAUGUUUGGCUUAUUUAUUCAGUAAUCUGGCAACCCUGAUUCAAAUUCUAACAAUUAAAUUGUUAUUGGUGAUUUCAAUAGUUUUCGGGUUUUUUGGGACACCCUGUAUAGCGUAAAUUUACAUAUGGAUAUGAUCAUGCUAAUGCGCUUUAUAUCAAGUAUAUACGCGCCAGCUUAAUUACAUACUUAACCCAGACUAUUUUAUCUCUACAACAAUUGCGAUAUUAUAUACCUCUUAACUGUGUUUAUCCUAAACCACCCUGUCACUUCACCUGUGGAAGGAAACCGGAGCACUCUGAGAAUACCCAAGAUUUUCGGCAGAGCGUUGAUUGACUCUAUUCACAUGAUCACUAGCCGGUCUAUAGCGAAAAUCGAACGCAUGAUCUCAGAAAUAAAAGGCGCUUGCUCUGCGACUGCGCCAGCGCGCCACAGAAGCCCCAUAAAACAUGGACGAGUGAGUUUUUCAAAUUGCAUCAAAAUAACACGAGUACGAAGGACGAGUGCUAUUUGAGGUCUUUGAAGAAGAUAACAAAAAAGUUUUAUUAUCAUUCUUAUGUUAUUGCAUACUCGAAAAUCGGAUUUAUCAAACUAAUGUUUUGUUAAAUUAAAUGUUUGGUUUCUAAAAUAACACUCAUACACACCAUUGAAGAAACCAAUUGCAGCUGCUAAACUAACUUUUACCGCCAUCAUAAUCAUUAUCAUGCACUCUCGUUAUAUUAAUUAACCCAAAUUCCAUCGUGUUUGUGUAGAUAUGUUCCACAACAUCUUACUCCUUGGUCCUGGUGGUAAGACAGUUUAUCAAGGAAAUGUAUUGGAUGCUGCUAAGUAUUUCUCAUCUCUUGGCUUCAAUACUCCUGCUAAUGUCAACCCAGCUGACUUCUACAUGGAUGUCAUUGGAGGUUCAGUCAAGACAGAAGAAGAUGAAGAAGUAGAUUUAUUUGAAGCUUGGAACAAAAGAUCUGAUGUUGAAGAAGGAAAUAGCUCAGUGGAGAAGCAGGCUUGUUGUGGACCAGAAGGUAGGAUCUGUUUUACUAUAUUUUACUAAACUAUACCUCUAUAUAACAAUUAGUAUAUAUAUAAAUGUUUCGUGGAAGUCUUUAAAAUUUUGCAUAAAAAUGAUGAGGAUCUGCCAAUGUUGAUUAAUCUUUGUCGUAGUUUAUUGUCUAUUAAUAUUUAUUAACUUUACAAAUAUCAUAAAUGAAGUCAAAUACUAUAAGGUUGAAGGUACUAUGGUCAACACGACAGAAAUCCCAUAUUAAGACCGACCAAACAAAGACACUAACCAUAAUAAUUACUAACUUACUAUUCCUAUGACGACGCAUGCAAACUCACAUUUAACAAACUGAUACAAUUGAACAAAUGCUAACAUAAAACGUGCAUGAACACAACCCUCAUGAGCAACAACUUGCGUUGUAAGAACGACACGGUCAACAAUAUACGUCUUCCACGCGUAAGUUAAAGGUGCAGUUAUUGACAUCAGCGCCAGCAUAGGCUAAUAUUGUAUAUUAAUCCUGUCCACAUGUAUAUACUGUAAGGCUAUACUGCUCCUAUGUGACCAAAUGCCAAUUAGUAAAUGAUGUUUAAAUGUUGUCACUUGAUUUGGAAUUGAAUCUUUCCACCACGCACCAUUUUAAUAUUGUCCUUUCGGAAGAACAUGCAGUUUCUCAGACAGACAGACAGACAGACAGACAGACAGACAGACAGACAGACAGACAGACAGACAGACAGACAGACAGACAGACAGACAGACAGACAGACAGACGGGCAGGGUCCGUUUCCCGUUGGGGAAGUUCAGAUACUUUUCUGAGCCAGCUCAGGUAAUGAUCCCAGUAUUGCUUGCCUCUGUUCAGCAUGUUACGGCGUACAUCAAUAUCUCUUUUGUAUUAUAAUCAGUACACAAGAUUAAUUAUAAUGCUAGCAGUUACAACUUACAACCAAUACAAAACAAUGGUCGCUCCGAAAACAGUAAACAUCUUAAAUGAGCGAUUUUCAAAGUGACUAUUGUUUUGUAUUUCAUUUGAUAUAUAUACUCAGUGGUUUCCACAAUUUAUAGUUACAACUAAUGCCUUUACUAUACGGUUUUGUUUCACCGUUUUGAAGAUGUAUAAUAAAUAUGGAUCUCCAGCAUCCAUAGAAGAACACUUUCUAUAAUUCUAUGCUACUCCAUAACACUGUCCAUGCUAUAUUAUAGAUAAUGUACUUCAUGCUUUUUUCAAUUUUAUCCCAACUGACUUUUAAAAUUUAAAACACAUAUUUAUUCUUUUAUUUUUUGUAGAGACACGUGUUCUACCUAACCCGCUAUAUCAAUUCUUAACGUUCACUAAACGAGAAUUUCUGCUUCAACUGCGUCUGGUAAAAACUUUACUUAUCGACGUUUUCCUAGUAUUCUUUGCUGGAGGAGUUCUUGGAGCCUUGUACCUUGAGGUAUAGAGUUAUCCGAGCUUGGUCAUUUUUCAUUAUCGGCAAUAUUUUUUUGUUACGAUUUUUAUUGCCAUAUUCAUGAGUGGCGCCUGAAGCAACGUGAAGCGGCAGGGUCAGCCAUCUAAAAAGGACACCUGCUUAGCUUCUCAUGAACCUUGUGGGAGGCAAUGUUCGUUAAAAUUUUGCUGCAGCCAAUAUAAUUAGACAAAUUUCGUCAUUGAUCGGACCAUUUUUAAUCAUUCAUUUUGUUAUAUGACGUUAAAAACUAAAAUGGAUUGUGGGACAACAUGAUUUUUUCUCAAAGGUGGAGAGAGAGGAACUUCAGACUCAAAUUUCAACUAUAAAUUGCUUGAAAACAAUUAUCAAUUUCAAUUUUUGUGAAUAACGCACGACUUUCGAAAUACAGUUCUUGCCAGAAAGGCAACCCGGCCUACUUCCCCGUUCUUCCACGCGCUGUUUGGGCAACUGGCGCUGCUGCCCCCACUGUUCACGUGGUUCCGGCAGCUCUGGUCAUACUGCAUACGGUGUAACUCUUUGACUAGCUAUAUCCCAACGAAAUUCCGAAGAGAUUGGGACAUUUUACGAUAAUAAGGUAAUGUUCUCAUUUGGCAAUAAUACCCAUGCACCGACUGGUUACCAGAUCAUUCAAAUAUUUCUCGAAUGUGAUAUUAUCAUUAACAUUCGUAUCUUUAUAUAAUUGCGAAAAAGGUCAAUAUACCAUAACUCAUUUCCAUAGCUAUCGUGAGCUAAAUUGAAACCAAACGAAAGUAGUGUACUAUCAAAGACUAAAUUUCGUUCGCUUAUCCAUGUUUACACUCGCAAUUGUUCAUUGAUAUAGGUGAGCUUGGAAAAAUUUACAGCCCUUACCCGUAUGAGCGGAAUGGCUAUCGGUCUCACGGCAAUGUUGGCUUCUUUGAGAUGUUUUGGAAACCAUAGAACUACAUUUUGGAGGUAAAUUUAAUGUUCGAAACAUAAGCUAUAUAAGUGCAUGCCCUGCAGGCAUGUAACAGAAUUCAUUGUAACCUUAUCGGUUAAAAUAAUUUAAGAAGGUUAUAUAAAAAAUAUUCUUUGUUUCAAAAACGUCCAAUAUAACUGGUAAUUAUAAUACAAUAUUCGAUUAUAUUAACAUAAGAAAGGGCUGCCUUUAGUCGGAAUUAAAGGUUAUUUUAAUACUGGUUUAUUGGCUCAUUGUAAAUUGGUUUGUAAUUAUUUUUGUUUAACAAAUAAGAUUAUUAGGCCGUUUGCCGUGACCCGAUAUCGUUCACUUUCAUUAAGCAUGUCGUGGAACUGAAAUAUUUUCACGGUAACUAACAUUUUAGAACACGCUGAAUUCAAAUCCGAAAAGUUGCCGCUCCAUAGACCCGCAGUUUUUUCACAAAUUGCAUUUGUAUUUUCAGUUCUUCGACGAACAAAAAUAAACACGCGCCAUUUUGAAAUUAAAUAACAUCACUCAGAGUAUGCCGUUUAACUCGUUUUUGCUCCCCAGUCUCCGAUGCUCAUGACCGAGUUAAGAUUUAGAGCAAUGUUAUUAAACUUGCUGCAAAACAAACACAGUCACGUGGUUUUAAAAAUGGCUUGUCAGAGUGAUUUUCAGUUUAUUUGCCAGUAAAAUCGCUAAAGAAUGAGAAAUAAAAGUUUAAAUUAUGUAUUUGGCAGAGAAAAGCGAUAAGGUAGGUGUUCUCUGUGUAUAUUUUUUGAGUUUGUUUAAGGCCAAUAGAAGAACAAACAAGUGAUUAAGUGAACAACCAUCACAAUUUAUUCUGGUUUUUAACAGCUCUCAGACACAUAUAUAAGGAAAGGAUUAAUUAACGCCAGUCUGCUUGAAAACUCACAGUAAAAUUGUUCCAUAUCAAGUUUGCUGUUUAUGGGAAUUAUUGUUGGUCAUAAGGUGUAAAGUAAAUCAUAGAAACUGUUAUAGUGUUAUUCAAAUAUUGAUUUAUCACCCCAUGCCUAUGAAAUGUCAAGAAGGCCAACAGAACCAUGAACAUUUGCAUACUGUAGUAUAAAUGAUUAUUAUAUCUGCAUAACCUGCUGCUGACUUAAUUAUUCCAUGCUUUAUAGCAUCUUCAAGAUUUAGACUGUGCUAGAAUAUACAGUAUACACACAAGAAUAUAUAAUAGGAUAUACAAAUAAGAUUCUGCAUGAAUAGAUUGGGUCUAAAGUUGUAUUAAAUGUUUUUUAUUUGUAUGUGGCUUUCCCCAUUCAGGGCAGAGUACACAAAUCUGAGCGCAGCCUGUCAUUGAUCACAUUUAGCUCAACUGCAUAGUAGAGCACCAGGUUAGUGACCUGUGUGUUUAACCUAUUGCAUGAGCACCAGCACUUUUCCACUUGACAAGUAAAAUUGUCUGGCAUUAGACAGAGUAGACUAAUAAAGUAGGGUGCAUUGGGGAGCAAUGUAACUACUUUAAAGGGUUAAAAUCCAAGCACGGCUGCCUGGCCAGGACUCAUGUAUUUUUCCUUAUUUCUAACAGGUUAUAAAACAAAACAAACAGCUUGUUUACUGUCAAGCUGGAAAAAACCAGCAUAACAACAUAUAAAGUAUCACUUUGUCAAAUUGGGCAACAAGUAUUACUAUUCACAUACACAUGUUGGCAUCUUCAUCUCCCCCAUCAGUCACAGAGCUUUCGCCUAACCGAUCUAGAAGCUUUUCAACAGUUAAAAAAUGCUGUUUCGCACAUAUAUUUGGGCAAGGCAGGUAUUUGUAUUUUUUUUUUCCAGGAUUGUAGGUGGAUAUUCUAAUUCAGGGGCUGCUUAUAUGAGCAGCUACUGUAGAUCUCAAAACCAGGCAGCCAAACAUGUUUCCUUGUAAUUGACGGAAUUAAUACAAGUUUAGACCCAAUCUAUUCAUGCAGAAUCUUAUUUGUAUAUCCUUAUUAUAUAUUCUUGUGUGUAUACUGUAUAUUCUAGCACAGUCUAAAUCUUGAAGAUGCAAUAAGGCAUGGAAUAAAUAAGUCAGCAGCAGGUUAUGCAGAUAUAAUAAUCAUUUAUACUAUGCAAAUGUUCAUGGUUUUGUUGGCCUUCCUGACAUUUCAUGGGGUGAUAAAUCAAUAUUUGAAUAACAGUUUGUUUUGCAGCAAGUUUAAUAACAUUGCUCUAAAUCUUAACUCGGUCAUGAGCAUCGGAGACUGGGGAGCAAAAACGACAUACUCUGAAUGAUGUUAUUUAAUUUCAAAAUGGCGCGUGUUUAUAUUUUUGUUCGUCGAAGAACUGAAAAUACAAAUGCAAUUUGUGAAAAAACUGCGGGUCUACGGAGCGGCAACUUUUCGGAUUUGAAUUCAGCGUGUUCUAAAAUGUUAGUUACCGUGAAAAUAUUUCAGUUCCACGACAUGCUUAAUGAAAAUCGUUUUCUAGGCAUAUUUUUAGGUCACGGCAAACGGCCUAUAUGUUGUGAUUAGCCAUCUGAGUUUUACUUAGUUACUUUCGUUUUACAUUAUUACAUCUUCUGAUUGAUUGGUUGGCAUGUAUUACGUUGUGUGAAAGUUACUCAUUUUUUAAUUGAGCUACGUAUUCUGUAUAUACUAUGUUCACGUUCUUGUAAUUACUUUAAGAAUACGUUGAGAUAAACAAUAAACGUUACUAAUCUAUAAUUAGUAAUUGCGUAUACCUUUCGUUCAUUUUCAGAGAAAGCGCUGCUGGUGUGAACCGCGUUAGUUACUUUCUGGCAGUAAAUUUUGCACAAAUGCCAAUCUUAGUACUGAUGCCCUUGGUUUAUCUCAGUCUUCUCUAUACGUUGACCUCACCAAGAUGUAAGUGCACUAUUAGACAAACAAUAGAGAGGUUACUUCACUGUUAGGAUACCCCGGUUCCGUUUACGCGGGUACCAGUAUCGCCAUUUUGUUGACCAAUUUUUGCUGAUGUCAGCAUGUUUAUCCGUACUUUCUACCCGUUUCCCCGCGGUAUUAGAGAGUUUUAGAUUGACAUUUACGGCAAACGUCAAACCGCUAACGAAGUUUUUGAUUUUAAAACUCUAUUAUAACAGCUUUUACACCAGUUACGCCGUAAACGUCAAUCUAAAACUCAAUAUUACCAUGGUCUAAAUGUAAAAGACAAACGGGUACGGGUGUUUACUGUUUGUGGGCCGUUUAAAAUAGUAAAAUACUUCAACAUCUUACCUAAAUAAAUCAAUGCACAUAAUAUUAUGCUCGUCAAGUUUUCCCAAAUGUAUGUGGUGAACCUCAACACCAAAUGCUAGCAUUCUCCGAUCGGUUUUCAUACCACAGAAUAUCUUGGAUUUCUUAAGUUGCAAGUUGUGCCUGGUUUACGGAGUACGGGUACAUGCGUGUUUAUAAUAUAGCAUUUGUAAAUUCUGAACGCUGAUUGGCUAAGAGCCGUGUUGAUAUAACUCAAUGUCAACACGGGAAAUUUUCCGCCGCUUGUAAACACGGAAAUUUUGCUUAUCCUUCGGGCUUUUGACAUUGCUAUAUUAUAAAAAAAAAUAAAACAUUUUUUCCGUAUUGAUAUAUAGUUAUAUCAACACUCGUGGAAGUUGGGAAAACUCGAAAUUUUAUGAAAACACUCCGCCCUUCGGGUGUCGUGUUUCCAUACAAUUUCUCGUUUUCCCAAUUCCACUCGUGUUGAUAUAACUGUAUAUAAACACGGAAAAUGUUUUAUAUUUGUUAAAUAUCACCCAUAUCCGUAAAACGGAGCCGCCGGGUAUCUUGACCUCUCUAAUAAUCUUUAUGAUUGCGAUGCUAAAAUGCUUUCAUCUGGUGAAAGAGAGCCGACAGCCGAAUGGAAUGGAAAAUUCCAUCUUUCACCGAAUGAAAAUAUUUUUAUUGCUGCACCGAUGAAAAGUUUUAACAUUGAGUUUCAUUAAUUUGUUCUAUAUAACACCAAAAUAAAUCAAUAUUAUCUUUUUUUAUUGAAUUAAAGACAAAACAAAUACAUAUCUGUGUUAUGAUCAUAUCAUGUGCAAACAGAUAUGUCUAAAAUUAAUAGAAAUUCAAUAAAUGUGUCCCAAAAAGUGUUUGAGUGAAGAGUUGAUGUAAUAAUGGUAUUAUUCAUUUAACUCAAAAAUUUGAUUUUACACGAUUAAGCUUUCGACGAAUGGAAUUUAAUGGAACAGAACGUAUAGUACAAAAAUGCAAGGCUGCAUGGGCGGUGCAAUGCAUGGAACGUGUUAAUUCCGUUGGAUGCUAAGCAAAAUGGUAAUUUUUAUUCCAUAUCACGCGAUCAGCCAAAUAUAUGACCAGAAUGACCACAAAUGUUUACAUGUGAAGUGAUACGUGACAUUUCCAAGUGGCGAUUUCUGGCAGUAGGAAAGAUGGCAAGCCUGCAAAAGCGGUAUUUUGAACAGUUUAAACGUGCUUAUCAGUAUAAAUAAAAAGGAAAGAUUCUCAUAACGGAGAUGCACAUUUAUUAGAUUACAAUAUAUAGAUCCCAACGAUUUCUCCCCCUUUUCAACGUGAAUGACCACUUUGGGCAGUUCAAUUUACGUGUAAGAACUUGACUUAAACGUUGUCAGGGGUUAAACACAACAUAACAUUUCCAAUUAUUCUGUCUUUAUAAUUUAGCAUAUUUCUCCGCGCAUUAUGCCGCAGUGUUUUGUGCUCAGCUAUGCUGUUCUGGUAUUGGUUACGCCAUUUCCACGAUCUUUAAUCCCAAAAGUUCACAGAUGGCGUCCGUUGUUGUAGUUCUGAUUAUGGCCAUGUUAUCAGGUGAGUAUCUGCGAACGAUAUAUAUAUAUAUAUAUUAUAUAUAUAUUAUAUAUUAUAUAUAUAUAUAUAUAUAUAUAUAUAUAUAUAUAUAUAUAUAUAUAUAUAUAUAUAUAUAUAUAUAUAUAUAUAUAUAUAUAUAUAUAUAUAUAUAUAUAUUAUUAGUUGUGUAAUUGUACACUCUGUGAUAUGUUAAGAUGAAAAUGUUCUAGAGUGUGUAUUAUUUAACAAAUAUAAAACAUUUUCCGUGUUGAUAUACAGUUAUAUCAACACGAGUGGAAAUUGGGAAAACGAGAAAUUGUGUGGAAACACGACGCCCGAAGGGCGGAGUGUUUUCACACAAUUUCGAGUUUUCCCAACUUCCACGAGUGUUGAUAUAACUAUAUAUCAAUACGGAAAAAAUGUUUUAUAUUUGUUUUAUAAUAUAGCAAUGUCAAAAGCCCGACGAAUAGGAACAAUUUCCGUGUUACAAGCGGCGGAAAAUUUCCCGUGUUGACAUGGAGUUAUAUCAACACGGCUCUUAGCCAAUCAGCGUUCAGAAUUUACAAAUGCUAUAUUAUAAAUAAUUUCCAUACCCAGCGCAAGCAGAAAGAUGUUGUCUGCCGCGGCUGGGUCUCGAACCCGCGACCUUCGAAUCGCGGGUUCGAUUUGCGGGUUCGAAUCGCGGGUUCGAAUCGCGGGUUCGAUUCGCGGGUUCGAGACCCAGCCGCGGCAGACAACAUCUUUCUGCUUGCGCUGGGUAUGAAAUUAUAUAAUACACACUCUAGAACAUUUUCAUCUUAAUAUAUAUAUAUAUAUAUAUAUAUAUAUAUAUAUAUAUAUAUAUAUAUAUAUAUAUAUAUAUAUAUCGCCUGUAUUCAUAAAGCUCACUCACAUUCACACUUGAGUGUUACUCGAAUGAGAUGCAUUUUUGAACAGAUUUGAAAUUGCUCUCAAUUUCGCAAAACACCUAUUUGUAUCCGGUUUUUUAUAUAUAUAGCUUCUUUGGGUACUUAUAAUGUAGAAUAAUUAAAAAAAUUACUCAAACCCAAAUUUUGUGAACCAGGAGGGGGUGGGGGGUGGGGGGGGGUGUCUUUUCCAACAAACUAAAAAUGGCUCGCGCACAAAAUUUAAAAGCUGUAAUCACAUUUUGAGAUAAUAGAUGGAAAAUUUGUCGGGUUUUUAAUUACUGUACAAAAUUUCAGACAAUUUGGUUUAGUUUAAGCCCCUUUAACUAUUCAUCUUGUUCUAAACAGUCAGCCUUUCGCAUGCUUAAUUAAUGCCUUUACCUAAUUUGCAUAUUGCUGACAUAUGCAAAUUAGGCAAAUGCAUUAAUUAAGCAUGCAAAUAGCUAAUUUUUAGGAAAAAUAUAACUUUGCGUGAAUAGUUAAGGGGCUUAAACUAAACCAAAUUAUCUGAAAUUUUGUACAGUAAUUAAAAACCCGACAAAUUUCCCGUCUGUGAACUCAAAAUAUGAUUGCAGGUUUUAAAUUUUGUGCGCGAGCCAUUUUUAAUUUGUUGGAAAAGACACACACCCCUGCUUCACAAAAUUUGAGUUCGAGAAAUUUUUCUCAUUAUUCUACAUUAUAAGUACCCAAAGAGGCCAUAUAUACAAAAAACGGAUACAAAUAGGUGUUUUGCGAAAUUGAGAGCAAUUUUAAAUCUGUUCAGUUUUUUUUAUACACCCUGUAUGGGCAUAGGCAUAGGUUAAAGGACGCAAGAUAACAUUCGUCGGGUUGCGUUUUAGUUACGGUUGAGACGACCUUUCAUUUUCUUAUUUUUUUCUAGGCGCUUCUCCAACACUGUGUAAACUUGAUGAUUUGGAAUUCUUUGGGCCAGUUGGAUAUAGCAUUUCCUACAUCCGUUGGUUUGUCGAAGCUCUGUUUGAGAAAGAAGCGUUACGUUAUCCAGAAGUUGAUCGUCCAAUACGAGAUGCCAUUGCGUUUCAAGACCACUACCCGUUAGAUGGAAACUAUUCUUUCUGUUUAGGAAUAAUCGUUAUCAUGGCUGUAGUGUUUCGUUCCUUCGCUUUAUGUUUCUUGCUUUUCACUAACCGUGGAAAGCAACAGUAGUGGGUUAUAAGCAUAGAUAUCUUAUAUACACCAGAUAGUGCAUCUAAUUAUUCUGCAAUUCAAAAAUUGAAGCCGUGAUUGCAGACUCAGGAUAUUCCCAAGAAAUGAGAAGACUCGUAUGUUUUCUAUUUCUUAAAGCCAUGAUCACUUCGGGUUCUAUUGUUCUGAGAGGGCAUUGAAAUCUCUAAAUUCCUCUGAGCGGGCAAUUUACUAAUUCGCCCGCUCGACCGGGCGAUUUAGUAAAUUGCCUGCAUUUGUAUGAAUUGGCCGAACAUCCAAACAAUACUUUCAUACACAACAAUAAAGAUACUUUUUUAUGUACUGUUAAUCAUUACACACUUACCUUUGGAUUCUUAUUUAUAGGAAUUUUAAACCAUAGAAACUAACUAUGGUAUACUCGAUGAUCAAUAUAUAUUAUACUAUUUAUAAGUAAUAUAAUACCAUGAUAUAGGAGAAAUUAGUGAUUAAAUGUCCCCGAAAGCAGAGGGAGGUUUGUGGAAUCAAAAAUUAAAAAUCAAACGUUUUAGUCAAAACCAAGUCGUAUAUAUAAUACUCAUUAGUUUUAAGCGCGUGUUACAUAAUAUACAUAGGCUAGCAUACAAAAAAUAUUUCCUCUUAAGUUUUAGUACAAAACUCAGAAAACCCAAGCACGGCAUUCUCUGCUCAUGAACACUUUUAGCAUAGCUAUACUACUUCGUUCGAUUACACGAUGUAUCUUUUUCUUAUAUACUAAUCUUGUAACAACAGUAUAUAUACUUGAUUAUAUUGGAUCAAAGAAAACACAUAAUUGUUGUUAUUAAGGAUAAUUGACAGAGAGGACACCAGAAUAUAUACGUUUUUAUUGAUGAAUAUAUACUUGUUUUUUACAGCUGUUAGUUACGAUUUAAUUCGUGUGUGUUUAAUUUAUUAAUUUAAUUUAGUGUGUGAUUUAAUACAG